CCUUCAGGGUCCUCCCAUGGCGUGGGCGUGGGGGCAUCCUCCUCUUGUUUAAGGCUUUUUGCCUUUCUGAACAACAUCUUCGAUGGGGAGAUGAGUAUGGACGAAAAGCUCGCUUUGCGGAUUCUCCGGCGCUUCGUGGCAACGCCGUUUGACAGGGACUGCCAACAGCACGAACAGCUGCUAAGACGCCUGUUUAAACUCUGCUUCCCAGAGGCAGGGGAUGAGGCGGGAUUGGAGGAAAACCCUCGCUGGAAGGAGAUUGGCUUUCAGAGUGAAGACCCACGCCGAGAUUUCCGAGGGGGUGGCCUGUUCGCCUUGCAGAACCUCUGCUUUUUUAGAGCCUUUUUUCCGACGGAGUUUGUCGGCAUCGCCAGGAGGAGCUACAGCGCGGGGUUCCCCAUGGCGGCAGCAUUCAUAAACGUAACUCACAUGCUCGCUGGAUAUCUCCGUUUGACGGACUCUGUGGGCCUGGGUGCCGGGGAGCCUCUGGCAUCCCGCAGGGCACUUCGCCAUUUUGCGCGUCUCUGCCUUGCAGCUGAGGAUGGGGGGCGGGCAGCAGAGUGCUGCAGUUUUCAGGCUAGCCUCUUUCGAGGACCCUCACCGCUUCCCCAUCCUAGGUCUUCGGAGUUGUUCAAUAUCCAGUCACAUUCGGACAGCGAAGUAGCGCGGGCAGUAACCUUGGGAGGAAGUAUGGCCCUCUCCAGCACAUGCUGCAAUGGGAAGGAAAAAAGCAGACCGACACCUUCUGGUGCCACCUUGGAGCUCCCGGCAUUCUCUGUACACUCGAACUUGAACCACGGACUUCGGCAGGGACUCUCCGCGACAGACAGGCAGAGUGCUGUUCAGCGCCGUGUCACAACAGCGGGCCGCGUUUUGUACACAUUCGGACACCUCUUCGUCUACUCUUGCAUGCGCCUGGACCAGGAGCUUGCAUUGAGAGGGGCUUGGGAACCCGAGGGAGAGGACCCUCCACUGCCCGCCCCAGGAUUCUCCAGUCUGCACCUUCCUGCACUCCGUAGACACCACCUCAGCCACAGAGGACUUCACGCCCAGCCGACCAGCCACAGUCCGAGGUUUGAGAACAAGAGUAAUUCUUGCCACCCUUCCAUGUCAGCCUCCAGCUCGAGGCGAGAGGAGCUCUCUCCUAGAGGUACUCAGAAGCAGCAGCCAGGCGAAGACCCCCGCAAGGCCUCCGUGGAAUGCUUGUCUGAUGAUUCAACGCGGAGAAAAGAUACUUUUAUGUCAUUCUCUAGUUCUACCGCUGGGCACAAUGAGAACUCGUCCCCCCCCAGCUUGGCCUGCCAACAGGAACAACCCUGCUUACCAAGUGCACCUGGAACGUGCGGUAGACCUCCUGUGGUGAAAGAGGGGCAACCUCUCCACAGGCGAGCGCAUCUUUGUUUCGGGGAGGCUCUGAAAGAAGUGCGAAAUGCAGUUGACUCUGUUCUGUAUGACGGGGGCUUCAAGUCGGUUCAGGACCUAGAGGCCAUCUGCCGGUGCUGCUAG